AUGAUCUCAGUAGCUCGGCAAAUAAUCAUGAGUAUCCUUCGACCUUUGAACGUACGUGAAGAGAGUUACAUAAUAUUUUUACUAAAAGGAGUGUUGGGUCUCCGUCCUGUGGGAUAUUUCAAGAAAAUUCCUGGAUUUUUGUAUAUCUUCAUUUUAAUUACGGCUUACGUCGUCUUGUUUGUAUAUGUCGCAGAAUACGCUGAGAAUUUUUUUGAAAAUUUUUCAGUUUACUCAGUGUCCUCGAAAUUUCGAAAUUUCGAUACCAACUUCAACCUCAUUUUCGUACCGAUAGUCAUUAUUAUUGGCGUCACCAUGGCUCGCAGAAUUGAUCGUAUUUUCGACGAGAUCAUCAAAGUUGAUCAACAAUUCUCAUAUCUCAAUGGUCACUUUGAUUAUUUUGGAAAUUUUCGACGAGAAGUUAUUCACGUAACGACUCUGUUAUUUAUAACAAGCAUUAUCAGCGCCGCCGACUAUCACGGAUUGAGAAAUGCCAAUGUCAGCCGCACGUUCGUUUUACUGUGGAUCGUUAAUUUCGUCCCUAGAAUCGUCGACGCCAUUGUUUCGUCCGCUUUUGUUACUCUGCUGGCGAAAAUUCGCGACAGAUUCGCAAAAUUAAAUGAUCUCAUUUACAUGCCGGGGGAGAAUGCCAAAGUCGGAGCCGUUUCACGCCUCGAUGUUGCUUCCAGGGCUCUUCAAUUUCGAAGAUUACACAGCGACCUGAAUGCCAUCUCACGUGACAUAAAUGACACUUAUCGAUUUCAAUUAUUAAUAAGCAUAAUGGUAAUACUCAUGCGCACAUGUGGACAUUUAAAUAUCAUCACGAAAAAUUAUAACGACGUCAAUCAUCUGGUGGAUAUUAUUUUGUCAAUAAUUUGGUCAAUUUUCGAAAUUGGAUUAUUGAUAUACAUAACAAGCGCUUGUCACAACGUGAAAAAGGAAUCCGAACUGAUACGUGACUUGUUGACGCACCGCCACGAAUUUCGAGAGAUUCAAUCAUCACAUCCAAUAAUGACAAAUGACAAUGUCAAGUUUUACCUCUUUCACAUGUUCGUAAUCGAUUAUCCAUUUUUUGGGGUGGUAAUCAUGGGGCUACUGGGAUAUAUUUUUAUUCUCUCACAAACGUCAUCGAGCGACAGCUGAAUCAAAUGAUAUUUUCCAUGAUGAUCUCGACCGAGGUUAUUGAUAAUUAAUUAUUGGAUAAUUUACCGAUUGCGCAAUAUCUACCUAAUUAAGAUAUUUUUAUUGAACAAUUUUAAUCCGAAUCACAACUAAAUUUAUAAUAGGUACAAUAUAAUCGUUAUCUUGAUCAAAAUGAUAAAAAAAUUACUGUAAUACUAUACACUUACUACCAUAACCUGUGACCCUUGACCUUCUUUGCCAUAAAAGGAUAAAGAUGUUACGGAUACUCGACUAAUCGAAGGACCAAUUACGAAAGAUAAAAUUGACUCCCCGUGAGAAAAAAAUAGAUUAAGCAAUCACGAAAGUGGCAUCUUGCAGUUUUUCAGCACUUUCGCCUCGAAUAACGAAAAAAAGAAGAUGUUCUUCACCUCAAGUACAUAAAGGUUAAGUGCACAUAAUGAUAGCCCUAUAUUUGGUUAUAUGCAAGAAGACAUCAGAAAUUGCGAAUGAAUCGGACAUUAAAUUCUGUCGAAUAUGCAGUAUCGGAUGAUAAAAAUACAUUUUAAUAAUCGCUUGGGAACAAUAAAGAAAGUGAUGGGCGUACCUGAUCAGACUAUUUUAUCCGACUGUUCGAUUCCGACAUCAGACGGCUAGAUGGGAGGUUAAGAAAAAUGCUUCGACGAUCAAUAUGAAAAUUCAGAUACGUUAAAUCGAACAAUUCACGUCCGUCCGUAACUCCAGUGAAAUACUUAGGUCAGAGCGGGAAUCCGUCUGCUAAAUAAAAAGAAUCUAGAUAGAAAGGCAGCUCCUCUGUCGAUGAAUACCCGUCAAAGAAAAGAGCAGCGCGCGAGCGAAGCUCGACCUGGCGGGCAAGAGGUAUAAAUAGAAGUAAUAGAGAAGGACAAAGAAGAAGGCAGUAGACGUAGAAAAGGCAGAGUGACGGAAUAGUGAUGUCUGCUUUCUGAGUUCUUUCUAGGAUCUCAGCUGGUAUUAAUGUUACGUGAACGUGACGUUGUAGAUCGGUAUUUAUACAUAGGUGCAUACGUGUUAAUGGUAGACAUUCUCCAUUCGAACGAAAUGUGAAAUUGGAGAAGCGCCAGAGGCUCCUGAUACGUGGAAUAUGACUCAAGGCGUUUUAUGGUUAUGAUACUAUUCACUGGUUGCUGAUAGAUAUUCCUAUGAUUGCGUAAGAUUUUGUAAUAAUUCGCAUUAUAACUGUGAUGUAGUCCUUUAGUC